AUGGUCUCUCCAUAUGCAAUGCCUGAUCCCUCGUCUCCUCUGGCUGCUGAAAGGAAUCCUGACAGAGAUCUCCAGGUUUUGUUCUUGCUCGUCGUCUUCCCGCUCUUUGGAUUGUUCCCACAUCGUAUGAGUUUCUUACUUGUAAACGAUUUUGUGUAGCCGUUCUUUGUUUUGCGCAAACCAGAGCCUGGAAAGGUCGUGACGACGGAAGCGACGCAUGGGAAAGCAAGAAGGAAGAUCGACCUCUCUCAGUUGUCCCCCAACUCCAGAAAACCGUCUGCGGCAUUGCCAUUCGAAGAGGAUGCUGAUGCGAAUUACGAGCAGCUCCGUAUGCAGAGCUUCAAUGCGACGUGGUCGAAGAUCGAAUGCACUAUCCAGGUCCCACAUUUCUCAUUUCUCUCUCUCUCUCUCUAUCUCUCUCCCUCCCUCUCCCGGCUCUUCCGCAUUUCCUGUAUUCUUAUUUAUUGCGAUUCGUUAGGGCCGAUUUGAUUUUACUAUCUCUCUUUUCUCAUAGUAGGGAUGUUUGAAACAAAUGAACCUUAGCCUGUUCGAAGAGGUUCGCGGAUGGAUCUAUGAAUCCUUCGACAAGAUCAAAUCUACUGGACUGCACUCCGUCUCAAACACUCUUUGCCCAUAUCCUCUUCUAACAGAUGGAAUCUACCGGCAAAUUUUUACAGCAUUGAUCCUCACAAGUGAGCCAAUGAAUAGAGCGCAUUUGACUUGUCAAAUUUGUGCGACUUUGUAUUUUUUUUCGAUUUUCUAUUUAUCAAAGUAUCUUCUCCACAGAGAAUAUGGAAUUCAUUGACGAUCUAUUGACAUUCCAAGAUCUUGGCGAACAUUUAAGAUCCAGUGGAUGUCAUAUUGCAAAUCUAUCAUAUUCGGAUUUCACAGUUAAGCAUGGGAUUGCUGGUUGUUUCAAAAGCUUGCUUAGACAGCUAGUCAUGGUUUCAUUGGAGGUAGGUUUCCGCAAAGUUUUCUCUUUACUAUUAAGCCGGACAUGUGAGCUCACUCUUCUUUCACUGAUACUGUUCCCACAGGCAUACGAUAUAACUGCAUUAGCCUCAUGGUACUGUCAAAAGGAGAACAAUGGCAAACCCGUGGUUCUCAUUAUUGAUAGCAUAGAGCAAUGCUAUGGUCCUGUCCUAGCUGGCUUCAUCUCAAUCAUAGGGUAUUCCUUGGUUUUUUUUAAGUCAAUAUUCAUAUUUUAACUUUUUCCCAAUCUCUAGUAGUUGGUAACUGUCAUCCUUAACUGCAUAUGUAUAUACGUGUUCGUAUUGUUGAAGCACAUUUACCAUCUACUAUCCACAUUUAUGAAUCAGUAUCUGUUUCAUCCUUGUAACUCUCUAAACCUUAAGGUGUUCAACUCUCUAAAUCCUUAAGGUGUCUGCCAGAUGUCAAUCAUUUUUCGAAGCAGUAGUAGAUCUGAAAUUCAGGUUCUUUGAUAUACCCUUUAGACCAAGGGGAUCUUUAAUCUGAUGAAGUUACAAUAUACCUUGGAGAGCUUUAUGCUUCAGAUAUUAAUCUCAGACCUCAUUGAUGAGACCUUAGCUUUAUCAAAUAGGCCAUAGUAGCUGUCUGUGAGAUUAUGUUUAAUAGUUCACGAGCAUGAUAUCGAUCUGGCCCUGUUCAUAGAUUUUCCGUGUUUCUGACGAAUUACAAGUUCAUGCUUAGAAGAAACGAAAUAAAUCUUUCAUUUAUUGUAGAACUUUUGCUGAAAUUCAUUAAAAGGCUGCUAGCUUAAGUGACUUGCUCUGUUGCAUAAACUUGUAUGCUACCAUUCGUUGUCUCCUGGUUAAAUGAGAUUGAUUUUCAAUCAAAAGAGUUGGGUUCAUUUGGUGUUAUAACUACAGGAACGAUGACCAGGAUGGGAUAUCUUUUAGAGAAUCUGGAUUAUAUUUUUAGAUGAAAAAUGAUGCUUUUUCGCUAUUUAUAGAUUUCUUUUCUCUUCUUUCAUGAAUGGAUAAUUUAACAGCCACAGAUCCCAAUCAAGAUCUCAGACAAUGUAGGUAGUUUUGCUCACCUUGUAUUAGAUUUCCGUUUAUUAGUUGCUUUUUAUUUUUGUCUUCAUUAUCCCUUGUUUUUGUCAUUUUUACAUAGCAGUGCUUAUUUUUCCAGCGAGUGGGUAAUCAAGAUCCCAAUCAUCUUAGUCUUUGGGGUUGCGACUACUAUCGAUGCUCUAAGAAAACAGCUUCCAUCAGAAGCAUUGCAAUGCUUGAAUUGUUGCAAAUUCACCUUGCCAUCUCCUUCUGAGAGAAUGAAUGCUAUUGUUGGGGCAAUAUUUGCAAAACCAAGUUUGGGGUUUAGUGUGGGACAUGAAGUGGCAGUGUUCUUGAGAAACUAUUUUUCAAGGCACGAUGGAACAAUAACAUCCUUCAUUAGGGCAUUGAAGGUUAGCACUACCGUAAUUAUUUUUAUUCGGGCGAGUCCAUCAGCAUGCGUGUCUAGGAGCUCUCAAUCAUAAAUGUUCUUGUUUCUUGCAGAUUGCUUGUACUAAACACUACUCCUUGGAGCCUCUGAGCUUUCUGAGCCGUAUCAUGUAUGAUGAAGAAACAGAGGUCACAUUUUUUUGACUUGUAAUUUGAUUAUAGUUUUGACGUAAGGAUAAUACUGUUGCAUGAGGAAUAUCUAAGUGAAAUAUUAAUAUUUCAUUAUUGAAGGACUACGUGUGGGCGAGUAAUAUUUGUCUUAAAGUUGACUAAACACUAAUAGAUAAUUACUAGGAACGGAAUCAAACGUGAGCUUUGAUUUCUUGCAAUUUCUUGCAAUUGAGUUUCCUAUAUUUAUUUAAUUUUAUUUUAAUCUUAAAAUAUAUACUAUUUGUAUAAUCAAAGGCCAAAGAUGUAUUUUCCCGGUCAGAUGUGAUUUUAAAUGGAAUAUCAACAUUACUAAUUCUUGUCACAAGUGGUUUUCUUAUUGACUUCCGUUUUGGCAUCGGUAAGAGAUAGAAAUCUACCACUUUUGAAAUCAUAUUCAAGGUAUAUCUUUGAGGUAAAUAUACAUAGAAGUGAGACCAAAAUCUCGCUGAAAAAUUGUGACCAUUUACUGCAACAAGAAAAAUACGUGAAGUGGUGAUGAAAUUAGUUAAUGCAAGGAGUGCUUGAAAACUGAUGGGAUAUAUAAUAAUUAUUCCCCAAAACGGACAAUGCUUAACUUUUGUCUAAUUUUUGAACAUGAACUUUUUCAUGGCUCAGGGUACCUGGAGCAUUAUGUGUGAAUCAUUGCCUGUCUCAAAACUCGAGUAUGCUUUUGAUCUUCCAUCUUGCAGAAGGUAUUGAAAUGAAUAUUACAUUGACGUUUGUCACUCUGGAACUGAAAAUAUGGUAUGCAAUGAUUGAUGACGACUUUUUUUUACCAGGGAUAGUUUGAAUAGGAAAUCUGGUUCCGAAAUUGCGCAAGGGUUGUUUGAUUUUAGGAGACUGUGGAAGGGUUGGACCUGUGUACUCCUGGUAAGCCUUUUUAGUGUUUGUUAAAGGUGGAUAUGAAUUGACAUAACAGCUUUAUGGGUAACAUUGGCGCCUUGAACAAAAAAAUUUCUUGUCAAUUUUGAUAAUAAAUAGAUGCUGUGGAGUUUAGGUGGAUACCUAUAUAUAUAUAGCGAUAAAAGUCUGAGCAUGCCUUACGUGUAUUUCCUGUUGUUAACUAAUGUGGAAUCUAUUUUAAAAUAAACGUAUUCAUUUCAAGAAUCCCGCGCAUGAAUUAUGCUCGGUGGCAGAGGGUUAUUCAUGGGAUUGUUGGAUUAUCAACAGGAUAGCACAUUGACAAAGUGGUGUGCAUGUCUUUGGCAUGCAUUGGAUAUUGUGGUCGGAUAAAUGAGAGUUUGCUAAAAUUUCCAGGGUACCUUGUCUGUUUUGUUACAGUUUUGGAGUACAAGUCUGCUUAGAAACUUCGCCAUAUUCACUUGAUAUUGCCUUCCAUUGCUUCAGAUCAUUUCUUUUUUUUUUGAUGUUUGUCUUUCUUACAGUGCCUGUUUGAGAUAGGAAGAAUUAGCAAAAUGCAGCUACUAGACAUUUUCUGUGAAGCUAUAGGUCAAACGACAUCUGAUGUACAUUCCUCAAAUGGCUCGUCACUGUCUUCUGUUACUAGUCAGAAACUGUGCCAUGCAAGUUCUCAGUCUGCGAAAGGAAGGCUCAUUGGUCAGGCAAUACAGAAGGUAAGGUAUGUAUUGUAUCUACUUCAAGUUUCUUGGCAUUUUACAUCCUUGUAAAUUCUGGUUGAUCCUGGAAGAAAGGCUUAUUGUGUUAUCUUUACUUUACAAAUAUUUAGUCAAAUCUGCAGCACGUUCCUGAAAAUUUAGAGAUUCUGGUGAUAGAUAAAAAUUUCUAACUGGUAUCUGGCGGUAUAUUAUUACUACGAAGAUGCAUUAUGGAUCACGAGGAACAAUUCUCAUUGUCAUCUGUGUUUUCAUAGGCAUUUCCUGUUGCAAUGUGUAACACCACUGGGACCCAACGUACAAAUAGAAAAUGGAUAACUACGAUCCCUACGGGAGUGGUUAGAGAAAUCAUUAGGACACUCCAGAGAGAGACAAGAUGGAACCCUAACUCGGAGGUACCCCGACCUCCGUUCUCCUUUCCCAAAGAUAGAGAUGUCCCCUUCCUUCUACCCCUCCCCCCCCUUAAGUAGUCACCCCCUUCUUUCCUCCUACCUAGUCUGUUCUUAGUGGGCCAACUCCUGUGGUCUCCGACGUUUAUAAGUCAGGCCCACGGGUCUGACGCAAUGACUCUCAGAUGCAAAAGCACGUAGUUUGUGUUCCUCGCAUAUAUCAAGAGUCUGUUUGUCUUUGUACUCGCUCUCGGAAAGGAUUCGUUGAUGUUAGAAGUGGUCUCUUAUGACUAUGCAGGUUGUGGAUUCUGUAUACUCUAACCAGAUCAGUUGCGUUCCACCAAUCUAUGAAUUUUUAUUUUACUGCGGUUAAAAUUAUUUCUAGAGUUUUUUUUUAUGGUCUUUCAUUAUGAAUGUUUUUAACAGCAGUGGAAUGGGUGUCCAAACAGGGCCUUGUUAAGUCAAACUGUACCCACUGCUCUCUUAAUUAUGCACGAGUGUUGAGAAGGUUUUCUUCAUCAGGCAUUGUUUAUAUAUGGCCGACUGAGUGAAUGGCAAACGACUUCUCUUCCAGUGGUCUUCUCCACUUACCCUCUUCUUACAUGAGGCUGAAAAUAAGGGACUUGGAAUUCGCAGGCUCUGAUCCAUCCCUACCCAGCCCUUAACGCUCUCGGAAUGAAGCCAGCAUGGCUAUGGGCUGAAGUAGCCUAGAAUAGGUCAAUUAUGAGUGGUUCAGCCCUUGUUGGUCUAUAUCUGCCCGAACAGGCACCAUUUGGCCAUAACAGAUGGCUGGUCCAAUCUCAACCCCGAUAUGCAUUGCUUUUUCCACAGUAAUGUGGAACCAAGUGAAUGGAAAUCUCAUUGUCCUGUAGUUAUGGUCAGAAAGGAUAUUGCCACAGAGACCGGUGAAAGCAAGUUUGAAAGCGAUUGUGGUCCUAAUAUAUUAUGGAUGGACCUAUAUGCAGCGAUCUUUUUCAAUAGUACAAGUAUUUCUGAGCAAUUGUAUUGGAUUUCUCGUUGCGGAAUCAUUCACUUAAAUUGGAUGUUAUCAGCUCGGACUACAGAACUUCCAUAACUUAUGGGGCACACCAUUCAUUGUUCACAGGGAAUAUGUUCGGAUGUUAAUUUACCUGCAUGUUAGUGAUGGGAUUUAAUUCACAUUUUCACUUAAUUUCUCAGGGAAAUUUCACCAGCGUCGCUCUCAUCUUUGCUUGAAAGUUGGGCAAAGCAUACCAAGGACAUUGAUGAGGUACACCUUAUGAAUCCUGCAAAUUCUUUUUCAUGCGAAUGAUAAUAAUAUUUUCUAAAUAAAAUUGAAUAAAAAGGUGAAAUAAAAUAACUCUUAUUCCUCUCAUGUAAUCCUAACUAAAAAACGAGAGGUACGCCAUACAAGUUUGGAAUGUACAGAAUCUAUGGCUAGCUGUCUAAUCAGGACCCACUUCCAUCAAGAUAUUUGGUUAUACUGUAGAUGGGGAACCCCUGUGCAUUGAAAAGGAAAGUCUGAGCCAGAGUAGACAUAGAGCAUCUGUCGACAGUAGCUCCCUCCCUCAGAAAAGUGGACCCUUGUCGGCUGAGGAAGUAUGCACAGCCAGACAACGUAAAUUGUUUGAUUCUCUCUUUUUCUCGCUCUGAGAUGUAUCGAUCAAUCUUAAAAAAAAAUCAUCGUCUGAGAAUAUUUGAAAAUUUUGAAUUUUCCUGAUUCUUCAAUGCCUGAUAAAUGUUUGAUUGUUCCGUGUGCUUCUUUUAGAUUCACAGCAAAGUGAGGCAGCUGCAAUCUUUAUUGAGAUCUGUAGAUAACGAUGGGGCGAGUGUGAGGAAGGAACAUAUUAAGAUUGGCAGGUGCGCCGUUCUUCAGGAUUGCUUAUCACAACAUUUUUUUAUUAUUUACUGCUCAUAUUUAAAGUUGGUUAUCAGACCUUGCAAUAAUUUAAAUAUAAAAAAAAUAAUUUUCCCUCACUUGUUGUAGGAGGCCUGCACUGGAGAUCUUUGCGGAUGUUGAAGAUGAUGGGGCUCUGAAAGUCAACGAGAAAGCCGCCAUGCUGAUGAAACAGAUCGUCGAGUAUGUGCAUAAAUCUCAUUUGAUGUCCCAUGUCUUCCUGCUACGACUUUCCUGAGUCUCCUCGACCAUAUUUUUUUCUCCCGACUUUUGUUUUUAUUUUUAUAGUCUAACAUCUAAAAAAAAUAAAAGUUUCUUCGUCAAACUGAUUUAUCGUCUAAUAUUCAUGCAGUCAAAUAUAAUUUACUGCCGUUUAGAGUUAUACCAUUCUUACAUCGGUGAUUAUGAAUAUAUACUGAGAUUCCAUCUCAAUUUCUUUGACCGUUCUUGCCGCAUUGCUUGAUAUGGCUCAGUCUACUCGUCCAGCAUCCGCGCUGACGUUCCCUUUCCUAAACUUGUCAACUGGGAUUUGUUUGACUUUUGGAGAACAGGGAUAUGCUGAAGCCCAUCGAGUCUAUCCCUUUCCAUGAGAUUUUCUUCUUCAAACACGUUGGCGUGCUUAGAUCGGUGAGUCCUUCGGAGACUUCUGCUCUCGCAUUCCCAGAGCAUGAAACGGUGUAAAAAGGUCAACUUUCUUUCAUGCGAGACCCUGCACGCGUUUUAGUUUUCCUUUUUUGUCCAGGCGUUGACUGGAGAUCCGAGGAAGAUGAUCCAGCUGGACCUUCUCAAGUCGCCGUCCUAUCUUCGCUGUAUCUGCUGCCGCACAGGAGAUAAAGCCCUGAGACCGUCCAUGCACGACACCUCGAUCCUGUAAGACUCUCCAAACCUUCCCUCCGAUCCCUCUCGAGCCUUUUCUCGUCAAAAGGGAUCGCGAUAGAAGGUUCUUUCCAUGGUCAACCCUCCCUCCCUCUUGGGGAGCUACCCGUCUGACUGCGCCUUCUCAUCUGUCUGUCUGCUUUAACAAGGUACCACCUCGCUCAAGAACACGGCGAUUUCGUCAACCUCCACGAUUGGUACAACUCGUUCAAGACGAUCCUGACUUCCCGAAGAGACUCUCGACGGAAGGUGAAGGGCUCGUCGACACCCCAGAAAGCAUCCGCGGGGCCUCCUACUUCAGAUUUGACCGAAGCUUCAAUCCAGUAUCCUUGAGAGAGAGAGAGAGAGAGAGAGAGAGAGGGAUGGGAUCGUCACCAUUAACGUGGAUCCUUAGCACGCGCUACCUCCAGGGCACGAUUCUGCCGGGCGGUGACUGAGCUCCAGAUCGCGGGGCUGCUCCGGAUGCCGAGCAAGCGACGGCCCGAUCACGUGCAGAGGGUCCUCCUGGGGCUCUAG